GGCCUAAUGAUAUGUGUAGACGCCACAGCCCCGAGCGUUAUCAGCCUAAACGCUUCGCUUGUUUCAUCAUCGUGCAUUCGACCGAUCUGUAGCAUGAGCAUGACACCCGUACGCCGAGUAGCGUGUCUGCCUUCUGAGUAGCCAGCUCGGUGGCGGCGGUUCACUUACCGCCGUCCGAGGGUCUGUAAGUUCAACGCUGUCGCUUGGAUAUCUGUCACAGACGAAACCAAGCGCGAGUGAUCGGUCUGCAUGAAGAGCCCAGUUAGCGCCCAUCGAGUCACGUGGUACGCUAAUCCCACUAGCCUACUUGACCCUUGACACCUGUAGCGAGAACUAGAAACCCCCAAAACCCAGUCCCACCAGCGCGACGCUCGAGUCCCCAUAUCUCCAAACCUUCACCACGCAGACACGACCACCACCACGCUUGGCGAAAGCACAACACACGGACAUCUCGCGAUGUCGCUCACCCCCACCACCGGCUCAAUGCUCAACCUCUGCCUCCGCGUGCACCUCCGCCGCCCCAACCUCCCGCUCCUCAAGAUCCUGUGGUCACCACCGCCGGACGCAGGACCCUACUACGCGGUGUCGGACCUACUACGCAGCAUCAACAGUGGCGUCUUGCUCGAAACCGAAACCCAUGCGCUCGAGGACUACCGCGUCGAGAAGGAUGGGUGCAUCGUCUUCCAUUUCAUGAAAGUCUUUGCGGUGUUUCAAGAUGGUGAUGAGAUUACGGUUCGGCCACUGGCACUACAGGAGUUGAAGCUGCUGGGGGCGCAAAAUAAUAGGCUGCUGUUGACGCAACCGAUGUUGGUUCCGAGCGGGAAGAGGAGGAGAUUGGGGAUGGAAUUGAGGGCCUCGACACUGAGACUGCUGGAGGAUGAUGCGGAGGAUGAUGCAGAUGAGGAGGAAGAUGAGGAUUAUAUUCCCACGGUUGAAGAGAAUUCAGCGGGGGAUGCGAAUACCGAGGAGGAUGAUGCGGAGGAUGAGGCCGAGGAAGAUGAGGCGGAGCUUGAAGAAGCAAGGAAGCGGGAAGUGAAGGAAACGAAGAAGAGGGAGAAGAGAUUGAAGCAGAAAAUGCGGAAGGAGGUGGACAAGAGGAGGAAGGAGGAGGAGGAGAGGAAGAAGAAAAGGAAGAAGGAGAAGAUCAGGAAGGAAUCGAAACAGAAGAGGGAGAAGGAGAAGGAGAAGGAGAGAAGGAAGAAGGAGACGCGGAAGAAAAAAGAGGAAGAAGAAAAGAGGAAGCAGGUGGAAGAGGAAAAGCGGAAACAGGAGGAAGAGGAAAAGCGGAAGCAGAAGGCAGAGGAAAAGCGGAAGCAGAAGGAAGAGGAAAAGAGGAAGCAGAUGGAGGAGGAUGCCAAGAGAGAGCUUACCGCACACAACCAUAACGCUCUCGUUCGCUUUGCUGUACCUGCAACCAAGGGCCAUAUAGAUUCGGAUGAAUCGAGCUCUAAUUCGGAUUCCAACUCAAGUUCCGACUCGAGUUCUGAUUCUAGUUCCGAUUCAGACUCAGGCUCGGACUCAGGCUCGGACUCAAGCUCGGACUCAAGCUCGGACUCAAGCUCGGAGGACGAGAGGCCGGAAGAGAGGUCUUCGAAGAGAAGGAAAAGCGAUAUAACCUCGCAAUCCACCACCACUGCCACCAAAUUACCAACCGUCCCUGCUAAAGUACCAGCACCCUCUGCGGCCACCGCUACUACUACGUACAAACCUCGUGCUACCGCUCCUGGCACUCUGCCGCAUCAGGGGAGUGAACUGACAAGACGACGAAGGAAUCGCAAGAAGGGAUGUCGGUUGCUACAGAUGCUGAAGCUUGAAGGCGUCAUUGGCGAUAAUUGCAGCUUGGCACAUCUCACCGCGUGCCUUCGCGCGGGCGGACUAGACAUCACCGCGCCGGCGGAUUUGCUGAAACGUCACUUGAAAGAACAUCUCCCAAGAUCAAUCGAAUUACCUGCGAAUGUUGAGAAAACUGCCGAUUCCGUGUCUGCCACGAAUGGCACAGAUAACGUGGUUGGUGGGAAAGUCAAAGAUAAAGUGGUUAUACGGAAUGGCCAAAAACCAGUGGGAGUCGGUGAAAGCGCAGAUAUCAUGGACAUUACGACAGGUGUCGAUCCGGUCGACGCUGGCAAAGGCAAGGAUGUCGGCGUUGGUCAGCCCCGUGGGACGGAAGGGAAAAACAACAGAAAGUCGAAGAAAGCCCGUGGGAAACAAACCGCCCUUACGAAUAGCAAUCUACCCGGGAAUAUCGGCGGCCAAGGUUCUGUGCAGGAUGACGAAAUGGCGCAGACUCUUGUUCCGCAUGGCCAGCCAGAAGGCAGCUACAUGAUUCGGGCUAGUCGCAACCCGGAUGCCUGGCGUUCCAAGAUCUGGUUGAGCGCGUAUGAGUGCGAAAACGAGAACCCCACGCUCCCGACUCCCGAUUUCCCCUUCCAGCAGCAGCAGCUGCAGAUGAAUCCAGGGAAAAAGAGGAAGAGGAAGAACCAACGCCAAGAACAAAGCACCGCCCAUACCGACUCUCUGGAACAACCGGAUGUGGCGAUAUUAAAUUAUGAUGAACCAGAGCAACCCAGCGAGCACCCCACGACCGAAAAAGAUAUUUCAACGGAAGAGGAUCUCCCCAGCUUACCCGCCGACAUUUCGUCCUUGGCUGCACUCACACAGCCACUUGUAUGUGGGACGGUGAUCGCUUUCAAGCGCCUUGAUAUGGACCCCCGGACGUAUGUGCCGAUCCUCACGGAUUACCUCACCGCCACCAUCGAAAAGGUACAUACCGAUGUACAGGAUGGGCCGCAGCUUGAGCUCAGGCUCGCGAUCAGGGACCGUCCGAAGCCACAAUUCGACAAACGAACCGGUGAAAAAAUCCUCGGUAGAUUCGCUAUGCCUGGUCUCGAAGACGAAGUAGAAGAGGGCCUAGUGUACCUGAUGUGGGGAGAAUUUCUGGAGCCCAAGGUAGUGAGGCUUCCCGAGCGUGGUACGGAGCCAGUGGAAGAGCCAAUGGACGAGUCAGUGGUGGAGUCAGUGCAGCUACAGAAAUCCCCAAGUAACGGGGAGUCUCGUCAGGCUGCAAUGGUGAAGGAGUCUGGUUUGAAACGGGACGUGGGCCAAGAUUCUUUGGAGCUGAACUACGGCGACGACAUCUACAUGGAAAAUAACCGGACUCAAGAGUCGGCGAAAGAACAUCCGCAAUCACCCCCUCAGGAUGAUGACGAUGACGGCCUGACUGCGGCGCUCAAUGGUUUCGACUGUGAGGAGGGUAAUCAGGACGUGAAUAUAGUCGAUGAGAUUCCCAUCGUAGACGAGCGCGUGGAUGAGGCAGAUGAUGAGGUGGAUUCCCCUCCCGCUUCCCCUCCCGCUGAGGAAGCAGAAGUCACCCACAACGGUCUGCGGGCGCAGGCAUCCGACAAAGAAGUGGAUUCUCCUGCGGGAGGAGGGGAAGAAGAUCGACGCUUGAUUGAGGCGGAGAAAGCGAUGACUCCCACCCCAGAGGAAGGAGAAGCCACCUCUCUUGCGAUGGUCGCUUCCUGUUCUCCAGCAGUUGAAGAUGAUUCUCCCAAAUUAAAGACUGAAGGAGGUGGCGCCCCAAGCUUGGAUUUGUUUCCGUCCACAACCCGUCCUUCGCCGCGGGCAGCCAAGCGCGGGCCGGCCGCUCCCACUACGUUCAUCGUUAUCUCUGACGAUGAGGACUCGGACCCCGGACCGCCACUGAACGAACUGUUUUCCCAGCAAAGCCUGUUUUCCCCUUCCCAGGGUGUCACAUCUCUCCCCAAGAAUGGUGGAUCCUCCACAUCGGUGCCUCAAUAUUUUCCACCACCAUCAUCCGCCCCGCUUCCCUCAUCUCCGCCGCAGAGGCAGCUUCACUCCGAAGCUUCGCAGCCGAGCCCGGAAAUGACGCCGGCGAAGAAGCACCAAGAAAGGAAGUCGAAGGUUGGCACUCCUCCCGGCGAGGGCUCGGCGAGACGAAUAUUCCGGGACUCGGUACCUAACACUCCAACCGGAAGCCAACAGUUGCGUCCCGAUAACGUAAACCAUGGAAGCCCCCAGGGUUCCCCCGAGAACUCGACGUCGACGCCGAACAAGUUUUCGCCAAUUCCUGGUAACUGGGCGGCUCUCAGAGCUGUCAAUACUGAGAAGGAGAAAUAAGGGGUUUCUAUGGGGAUGCGAUGAGUUCAGUUUCUCUAGUUUACAUACUCUUGCUUUUGGUUUUGGGGGUUUGUUUGAUUGCGCUUUUGUACUUUUCUCAGUUUGGCUUUAGUUCGAGGAGCAUCAUUACUACUAGUAGUACUUAAUCCAUCUUUUGUAGCAAAAUGGA